UGUGGCACAUAUACACCAUGGAAUACUAUGCAGCCAUAAAAAAGGAUGAGUUCAUGUCCUUUGCAGGGACAUGGAUGAAGCUGGAAACCAUCAUUCUGAGCAAACUAUCACAAGGACAGAAAACCAAACACCGCAUGCUCUCGCUCAUAGGAGGAUGGGGCCCUGUCUGUCUUGUUCUCAGCUGUAUUCCCAGUACCUAGGACUGUCCCAGACACACAGCAGCCCUCCCCUGGCCCUGGACCCUCCAAGGAGACAGCGGCAGGAGCGCACGGUCUACACUGAAAGCCAGCAGAAAGUGCUAGAAUUUUACUUUCAGAAGGACCAGUACCCGAACUACGACCAGCGACUGAAUCUGGCGGAGAUGCUCAGCCUCAGGGAGCAACAGCUGCAGGUGUGGUUCAAGAAUCGCCGCGCCAAACUAGCUCGGGAGCGGCGGCUCCAGCAGCAGCCCCAGCGCGUCCCUGGGCGGAGAGGCCGAGGAGCCCGCGCUGCGCCCCUAGUCCCUGCAGCCGCUGCCUCCGCACCUCAGCCGGGCCCCUCGGGAAUCCUUCCAGCGGCGGAACCCACGAUCUGCAGCCUCCACCAGGCCUGGGGUGGCCCUGGGUGCAGAGCCCAGAAGGGCAUCCCAGCUGCCCUGAGUCCAGGCCCUGGCCCGAUCCCUGCCCCAAUCCCAGGCCCAGCUCAGGUCCCAGGCCCACUCCCUGACCCAAUCCUAGGCCCAGCCCAGAUCCCAGGCCCACUCCCUGGCCCAAUUCCAGGCCCAAUUCCAGGCCCAGCUCAGAUCCCAGGCCCAAUCCCAGGCCCAAUUCCAGGCCCAGCUCAGAUCCCAGGCCCAAUCCCAGGCCCAAUUUCAGGCCCAGCUCAGAUCCCAAGCCCGAUCCCAGCCCCAAUCCCAGGCCCAAUUUCAGGCCCAGUCCAGAUCCCAGGCCCAUUCCGUGGCCCAAUCCCAGGCCCAAUUUCAGGCCCAGCCCCGAUCCCAGGCCCAAUCUCAGGCCCAUUCUCAGGCCCAAACCCAGGCCCGAUCCCAGGCCCAAUCUCAGGCCCGAUCCCAGGCCCAAUCUCAGGCCCAAACCCAGGCCCGAUCCCAGGCCCAAUCUCAGGCCCGAUCUCAGGCCCGAUCCCAGGCCCGAUCCCAGGCCCAAUCCCAGGCCCAAUCUCAGGCCCAGGCCCAAUCAUAGGCCCGAUUCCCAGCCCAGCCCAGAUCCCAGGCCCAGGCAGACUCCAAGGCCCAGGUCCCAUCAUAAGUCCUGGCCGGAUGCGAAGCCCUGGCUCACUUCCAGGCCUAGCCCCGAUUUUAGGCCCAGGCCCAGGCCCAGGCUCAGGCUCAGUCCCAGUCCCAGCUCCAAUCCCAGGCCCAGGAUCACUCCCAGCCCCAGCCCCCUUAUGGCCUCAGAGCCCCGAUGCCUCCGACUUCUUGCCAGACAACCAGUUAUUCCCUCACUUCACAGAGCUGCUCCCACCCCUAGACCCCUUGGAGGGAUCCUCAGUCUCCACCAUGACCUCUCAGUACCAAGAAGGGGAUGACUCUAUGGGCAAAAAACACUCAGGGUCUCAUCCCCAAGAGGAGGGUGGCUCUGUGAAUGAAAAUCACUCAGGCCCCAGGUUAUUACUGGAUUUAUAGGGGGCCUGUGCCUGCAAAGUUCUUCAGAUCCCAGUGGGCCUGGAGUGGCUGAUCUACACUGCUGGUGACUUUCUGCA